AUGGCAUCCCUUUUAUCUUCACUUUGUUUAUUGAAUCUCAAACCCUCCGAAGUUCAUCAUUCAGAGGAAGUAGAUUGUAUGAAAAUAGCAAGAAAAGAUCUUUGUACUCAAGGUAUGUAUAGUUUUGCUAAAAGAGAACAAUUUUUUAGUCGAUGUGAAAAAACGAAGCUUUCAUUACGCCACAAGAAAAACAUCAAAACUAUUUAUUCUGUUUUACGGUUGUAUAGAUGCAUUUCUUUGUCUUGGGAAACUGACCUGCCACUUACUUUAUUUUUUAACAAUGGCAGUAUUAUUGGCUUUGAAUUCAAUGAAGAAAACAAUACUUUGCUCACUGUGGAAAGUGAUGAUUAUUUAUGUGGGAAAUUGCUUCAGAGUCAUGUUAUUGAUGUUAUAAUCAAUCAUAAAAAUAUAUUUGUUAGUUAUUCCGAGCCAAAACUGACUGUUGUUUAUAUCAAAAAGCAUGUCCAUGCUCUUCCAAAAAUGCUUUUUGCUAAAAAAGGUAGAAAAUUUGUUGGCACUGAGCCAAAGAUCCUUCAUUUUGAUCUUGUUGGACCAUCUAAUAAAAGCUUAGCAAGGAAACUGUCAUUAAACAUUCAUAAGGAUUGCUUGUUAAUUUGGUGGAAAAUUUCAGGAGAUGGUGUUUGGCCAUGGACUCCAGUAACAUAUUGUACUGAUCAUAUAAAUAUGGUUAUUUAUAAAUUAAAUGGUUUCUCAAUUGAACUUCUGAACACCAUAAAAAUUCAAGGAGAACUUAUACAUGCUCAUUUUAGUUCUCAACACUUUAAUCAAAUUUAUACAUUAGAAAAAGUUAUUAUAGAAAAUACAAUCAAUAUUUCGGUUUGCAAUUAUGAAGUAAUUGGUGAUCAAUGUCAUCUGUUAUUUUUAUCAAAACUGUCAAUAGAAGGACAAUUAGUUUCAUUUGAUUUCAAUUCGUCUGAAAACAAACUGAUAUUGUUAGAUUCGGAAAAAAAUAUUGUGUUACAUGAUUUACUUAAGAAAACUACACUGGUUACUAGUAUUACAUUUUUACCUAAGCAUGUUGCUUUUCAUCCGGAAAAUUACAUUGCUCUUGUAAUUGGCGUGGAAGGUCAAGUUCAGUGUUUUGAUAUAGCCUUGAACUGUUUAAAUUUUAAAAUGUUCUAUUCUUCUACAGUACAUAAUGUUUUGCAUUUGAUUUCACAUGUUAAAUGCUUUAAGCCUGGAACAUUUUCAGUACAGAAAGCAUUAUGGCAAAAAUCUUCCCUAAGUAACACUUGUAUGCUGAUGCUCAAUGCACAUGAAUGUUUAUUUAUUUUUCUAAAAUUAACUUCAGGAUGUAUACCUGUCAGUCACUUCACAGCAUUAGAACUUACAUGUGAAUAUCUUAAACAUGAUUGCAUUGAUGAAGCAAUACUGGUUUUAAGAAGCUUGAAUUGGUCUCAUCAAAGUUCUAUUAUAUUCCAGUGCUUAUCAAAAAUAGUUAACUUUUUACUGAGAAAGCCAUUUAGUUUUCUGACAAAAGCAGGCAUCCAGAUGGCUUUAGCAACAUUUUAUAACUCUGUUGACUUUAUACCUGAGAAUAUUCUAAGUAUUUAUGUAACUAAAAUUUAUCACAUAGCAAGGCGUUUCUUCCAUCGCCUUUUGCAAUUUCAACAAUUUCGAGAAGCUUUUUUAUUAGCAGUUGAUCUUGAAUCAGAAGAUUUAUUUUUAGAUCUAUAUCAUGUUGCUAAAAGGACAGAAGAAAAUGUUUUAGCUUCUGUUGCUCUAAGUAAAGCACAAGAACUCGGUAAUUUGCAUAGCAGCUGCUCUUACAGCUCUGAAACAAGUUCUACAUCAUAUUGUGAAUCUGAAACAUCUGAUGCAGCAAGUACUUUUGAAGAAAUCAUCAAAGGUCCAAUUGAUGAUGAAAAUAGCUUGCACAGAUAUACUCAACAGCAUAGGGCAUCUUCUGUGGAACAUCAAACUGAACUUCAAGAACAGUUUUCUACAAUCAAAUCAAAUUUUGGUCAGCUCAUUGAUGAUAGAGCAAGCAUUGCAGUCAAACCAGUGUCUGAGUUUUCCGAUGAGUUGCCUUUGAACUAUUUGUUUCAUCAUAAAAUGCGUUUUAGUAAUUUUGAACACAAUAGUAAUGCUUUUCCAGUUCCUCAUCCUGUACCUUUCACACCUUCUUUGUCCAUAGACGCUAAGUAUCCUUACAACUGCUCUUCAGAAUCAAAUUUUACAUCCACUUCUAAAUAUGAUAGGCUACCUAAUCAACCUGACAUGCAUCAAGAUUUCAUGGUUACCAAUUCAUGUUCCUCAUCAUUACCUGGAUUUUCUUCAUCCCGAUUCAACUCUGGUGAAGUACUUAAAAACUUUAAACUUCAAUCAUCAUCAAGUACAAACAUAUCUACAACAUUUGAUCCAUCCCCUUCUAGUCUAGUUGUGAUCAAUUCAUCUUUUGGUAAAAGACCUUUGCCUCCAUUACCUGUUUCUGUUGCAAAAGAAGACACCAGACCAGUUUUCAAUGAAACUUUGGUCAGAAAUGCUGACUCACACCAUCAAAAUUCAUUGUCUGUUACUUAUAUAGUAGAUCUUUUCUUUGAUGUAAAUACCUGA